AUGUUGUUAAAGUCCCUGGCAUUGAUAGCAAGCUCGUCGCUCGCAGCAACCUUCAACAUAGGAGACGAUCUCUUUGCCGACCCACAAUUCACAGUACAGUUCCACAACCGACCAUUGCGACAAGCAGAUGUCCAGAACGGCCUGCUACCGCAUCGAGAUCCGGUAUAUGGCCAUCCCCUGGGGUACGAGAUGAUGCAAUUCAACGGCACAAACCACAUCUGCGGUAUUCCGGAAGUCACGACCACGAAGAGCUCAAAAUCACGAGAGGAGGGAGAACUGUCGCCAACAGAGGCCCGAGACAGAGCUUUGGAGCUCAUGUUGCCUCUUCUGGGUGACUGUCUCUUCUACGAACAGGGAUUCUUCUCGUAUCGUUUCUGUUACGGCUCGGGAGUCGUUCAGUAUCGAAGACAUGGAGACAAUUACUUCCCUCGAAUCUAUCCUCCUCCUCAGGCAGACGAUUCGCCCACGUUCGUGCUCGGUAGCUUCGAGAAGGACGAUACGACCAACACGGUCACCAGUGCCGGAGGAAUCCCCUUUCUGGCCCAUAGACUCCGUUCGGGAACCCAUUGUCCUCUGACCGGCGCCAACCGAGAAAUCGAGGUUCAGUUUGUAUGUGACAAAAACGUCCAGCAUGACCAUAUACUGUGGAUCAAGGAGAAGCGAACGUGCAACUACGUCAUGCAGGUCGGCACCCCGCGCCUCUGUAAAGACAUGAGGUUUCAGCCUCCUCCAGAUGAGUCUUUGCCCAUCAUGUGCUACAGCGUCGAGUCUGAGGCCCCCGAGUUUGAGACCAUUGACGGCAUGUUUGACGGCGUUGCUCACGUGAAGGAGGAGCAGGAGGCUGUCUCGGCUCGUGCCCACCAGUUUGUCGGAUCCAAUGUCAACAAGGACAAGAUUGACGAGAUUGAGGUUGCAUGGAGAUUCACCAAAGCUCGAGCUCUCAACUACAUUGGAGUCUGGCUCGGCGACUGCGUCAAUAGACAGACACUGUUCAAGGAGCUUGGCAUUGCCACUCCUUCUCAUGAUGCUCCUUUCAUCAUCCAGACCAGAUCCAUGUUUGUUCCUGCUCCCAUCAACCGCCACUUUGAGGUGCGUCUCAUGAUCACUCGUCAGCAGCUGCUGCUCAGCAUUAACGAUGAUGAUGUGACUCUCGAAGAGAAGUAUGCAUGGUGGCAGGAACAGGGCGACAUGUCAAACCUGGAGAUCCAGGGUCUUACUAUGUUAGAUGACGCUGGGAUCGAGGAUGUCCUUGCCAGAGCUACUGAUGAAGUUAUGAAGCAGCUUAACAAGGAGGCCAAGCAGUCCAAGAAGCUGGCCAAGAAGAAGGAAGCUGCCUCGACUAAGAGGGAAGAGGCCAAAAAGCAAGUGGAGGCCUCGGUGGAGGAAAAAGCUGUGGACUCAGCUGAAGAUGAUGGAACUGACACUGUCACUUCAACACAGACCUUCUUCCGGACUCAAACACUCUCCACAGCUGAGGCAGAAUCUAAACAGAUGCCAGAUAAGGCCGAGGAGGACGAAGAUGAAGAUCUGAUUGUCACCAUGUACUUUGAGGAUGGCGAGUUCAAGAUUGAGGGUUUCGAGGUUGCCGACUUUGAGGGCGUCAAGUCUGCCAUGAAGGAUCUCGCAGAUAAAGAAGAUGACGAUGACGAUUACGAAGACUAUGGUCUGAGCGACUAG